AUGAAUGUUGAAAGAUGCAUCGUGCUACACAACGAAAUACUGCGCCACGGUUGGGUCAGCUCAGGUCGCAGUCCAGAGUCUCUCGAAGCCAACUGCAAGACAUGGUUCGACACCUUUGGCGAUGAUGCCGAGGCUGUUCGAUCCCAGCUUUCGCCUGAUCUUGUUCGGUUUCUCCAAGAAGCUCGAGUUAUUGGUUAUUCUGAAAGUGUAGUCGAUCUAUCCUUCUUCUACUGGCUACAAAAUCUCGCUUCGCCAAACUUCAUGUUUGAGCAAGCGGAAGAUUGGUCAGACGAUGGAGAAGAUGGCAAUCUUUUGGUUCUCUACGAGAUGAACAACUUCUCGGGUCACUGGUGCGGACUGGUAUAUGAUCAAGAAGCGAACCUCUGUAUCUUGAGCCCAAGCAUCCAUGACGCAGAUGAGGUCUUUGAACAGAAAGUGUGGUACCCAUUGGAAACCGCUCUGGAGUUCUGGUUGGGCCAGAUUCGGAAAGGGAAGAUUGUUGCUGCGCCCAAAGCUAUACACGAAAAAUCUGGCAAUGCGCGCUACGACCCUUGGGAGUUUAUCCCGUACAGCAAAUUCAUGCUGGGAGAGAAUGUGGAGGCUUUCAAUCGUCUAAAGCUGAACAAGUUGUACAUGGGCUGGUCGAAGAGAGCAUACUUCAAAGCAUGA